CUCUUGUCCACAACGCCCGCCUGUUGGUGCUGGUGCUGGUGGGGCUGGAAGGCGUCCUUCACCAGCCCAAUGAAGCCGCCCGCUUUUCUCAGAGGUCACCCAGAGGAAGAGGAAAGAGGACCGCGAAGGGACAACAGAAAGGGGGAGUGAAGUGCGCAUGCGAAUCAGCUGCGCACAGCAGUGGAAACUGUGAAAAGUUUCAAACUCCUGGGAGUGCACAUUUCACACAGCCCCUUAUGGUCCCAGAGCAGUCAGGAAAGCUCAUGGAUACUUCUACUUUCUGAGGAGACUGAAGAGAGCUGGAUUUUGUGCAUCUACGCUCGCGUCAUUCUACAGAUACAUAGUGGAGAGCAGCCUAACAAGCUUCAUCACUGCAUGGCUUUUGGACAUUCCUAGGAAAAUGCCACCGAAGAAUAAGGGAAAGGCAAAAAAAGGGAAGAAGAAAGCAACCAAAGGAGACAAUGUUGAAGAGAAAUACGAACAAACUGUACAUCAAGUGGAAUCACUGAAAAACCAGUUAGUUCUGCGGAGGGACAUUGCAAGACAGGCUUUGCUGGUCAAAGAGGAAUGGAAGGCGAAGCUGCAGGUUCUCAAGAAUGACUUGAAAGAAGAGCAAGCCAUUAAGAAAUCGAUUCAUUCAGAUAUGACCCGUCAGUACAAGACGAUGCGGUCAGAACUGGACCUUCGAGUCCAUCAGCUGGAGAUUGAGGUCGGUCAUCUGCAGCAGCAGCUCACAUUGUGUCAGCAGCAGCUAUUGAAGACACAGGAGGAGAAAGUGCAAGUCAUCAAGGAGAAAGAUUCUACCAUCAAAGAGCUCCAGAUGAAAAUUGACAACAUGGAAACUGAAUAUGAGGCCAUCCUCCAUAAUAGCCUGGACCUGCUUCUGAACGAGCUGAAGAAGGCUAGGCUGCAGUGGGAGAAAGCAGCAACAAAUUUACACGCAGAGCACAAGAAGAAACUGCUUGAAUUUGGGCUCAACCCACGGGACAUUUAAUGCAUGGGUGGCAUUAGAGAGACUAUCUGAGCGCUUUCAUCUCCAUCCAAACCUUCCCACUUCCCAGAGCCUUCUGUUGGGAAGUUGACUAAAUCUAAAAGUUCCUGUUUUUAUUUGAGAUAAUA